ACGAGCGUGGAGGGUGACGACAAGCGAACUCGCACACGGUCCAAAGGAAUCAGAGUUCCUGUUGAGCUCGUAGGACAGGAGCUGAGCUGCCCCACCCCUGGAUGCAAUGGCUCUGGCCAUAUCAGUGGGAGAUACUCACGACACAGAAGCGUUCUGGGCUGCCCCAUAGCCAGGAAGCGCCGUCUAGAGGAAGCCGAGGCAGAGCAGGAUCAGGAGGAGCAGGACGCAGAGCAGCCCGCCGCCAAGAGGAAGUCCAAUGCCCUGAAACUGGCGCUGGAUGAGGGCUUCAGCGCAGAAAGCGACGCCAGCAGCGAGGCUGAGGGCGAGGGAGAGAAAGAUGGAGAGAAGAGCCGGGAGAGUGAGGAAGGAGGAGAGGAGGAGAAAGAGGUGGUGACACAAGAUGAACAGACAAACGGACAUGAGGAGGAGGAGUCACAGCAGGAGGAGGAGACCGAUCAGAAGGAGGAGGACAGAGCUGAUGAAGAAGAAGAGUGUGUCAUCAUCGAGCCUGAGCAUGCAGCGGCGCCCCCUGCAGACGAGUGUCCGUCUCCCUCUCAGAGUGCCGAAGAGGUGGCCAACUCUCUCCUCCACCUCGGCCGAGUCCCCGACAACAAUGAGCCGAGUGUGGCCCUUCUGCAGCCGGUUGCUAUGGAGACUGAGGAGGAUAUCGCCGUGGCAGCCGCACGGGGUGAAGAAGUAAAGGAGGAGAAGGAGGAGGAUGAGGAGGAGGAGGAGGCAAACAGAGUUCAAGUAUCAGAGUCACCUGUUGGACAGAAGGAGGCAGCUGAGGAGGAGGAGGAGGAGGAGGAAGAAGGAAAGGAGGUGAGCCAGGAGAACCAGCAGUACCUGUCUGAACAGAUCAGAGAUGACAGAGAGGAGGAGCAGGAGCAGGAGGAGGAGGAAGAGGAGGCAGCUCCAGCACAUCAGAGACUGAGCACUCCUGCGAAGGAGGAGCAGGUGGAGCAGGAGGAGGAGGAGGAGGAGCAGGAGGAGGAGGAGGAGGAGGAGCACCACAGUCUGCCCGAUGUGCCAACUGCCGUCCGCACUAUCACCAGCACCGCCGCCGCUCAGGGAACACACACCUUUAACCACACAGCCAGUCCCCUACAGGACUACAACUCCCACAUGGCCAGUCUCCCAGAAAACUACAACUCCCACCGGGCCAGUCCACUCCACAAAUUGGACUCCCACAAACCUCUUCAGAACUACAAGUCCAGUCCUCCCCUCAUCUUCAGGGCCGGUCCGCUUGAGGACUACUUCCCAAACCUCCGAGGGGAGAACUUUCACCUCCACACAGCGGCACCCUCCGCCUCCCCCGACAUCAUCGAGGUGAGGUCAGACCGCUCCGACGAGAAGGACUUUGACGAUGUGGACGGGGACGACGAGCGUGACGACGAGGACAGCCUAUCGCAGCGCUCCACAGUGACGGACGAGUCAGAAAUGUUCGACAUCACGAGGGGGAACCUGGGUCUGCUGGAGCAGGCCAUCGCCCUGAAGGCGGAGCAGGUGAAGCCGGCCGGGCCCCGAGAGCUGCUGUGCGGCCCCGACCUCCACCACCAGAGGUACUUCACCAUGGACGACCGGCCCAAACACCUGGACAUCCUGCGCAAGAGCUACUUCAGCAAAGAGAGCAGCAGGCCAGAGAAGAGGGAGAUCAAGUGUCCCACCCCGGGUUGUGAUGGGACGGGUCAUGUGACCGGUCUGUACCCCCACCACCGCAGCCUGUCAGGCUGUCCGCACAAGGACAGGAUCCCCCCCGAGAUUCUCGCCAUGCAUGAGAACGUGCUGAAGUGUCCAACUCCCGGCUGCACCGGUCAGGGCCAUGUUAACAGCAACCGCAACACACACCGCAGUCUCUCUGGAUGUCCCAUCGCUGCUGCAGAGAAACUGUCCAAGGGUAAUGAUAAACAGCUUCUGUGUCAGCCGGGUGGCGAGCUGCUCAAAGGAAGCCCCAACGACAGAGUGCUCAGGCCCAUGUGUUUUGUAAAGCAGCUGGAGGUUCCUCCGUUCGGCAGCUACAGGCCCAACGUGGCCCCCACCACACCUCGAGCUAACCUGGCCAAGGAGCUGGAGAAGUACUCCAAGGUGUCCUUCGAUUAUGCAAGCUUCGAUGCUCAAGUGUUUGGGAAGCGCAUGCUCGCUCCAAAGAUGGCCACCAGCGAAACGUCACCCAAAGCCUUCAAAACUAAGCCCUCUUUCCCCAAGUCCUCGUCGCCCAGCAUCGUUCUCCACGGUUACGGGAAGAGCUCCUCCUUGGCCUACGAUUACUCCCACGAUGCCGAGGCCGCCCACAUGGCCGCCACCGCCAUCCUGAACCUGUCCACUCGCUGCUGGGAGAAACCGGAGAACCUCAGCACCAAACCACACAACAAGGAGAUGGACAUCGAGGUGGACGAGAACGGCACUCUGGACCUGAGCAUGAAGAAGCCCAUUAAACGUGAGGGCAGUCUGUCCGGCACCAGCCCCGGGGUCCGCUCCCCCGACCCCUCCUCUUCCUCCUCCUCUCUCCAUCAUGGCAGCGGGAUGACAUCACCAAACCUUCUCGCCUACAAGCAGGAGGAGUGGGAGGGGCCUCUGGAUUACACCAAACCUAACCGCCAGAGGGAGGAGGAAAUGGACGAGAUGGAGCACACGGGUCACUCAUACGUGUCCUCUGACCCCGAGGACUGCGACAUGAUGCAGGACUGUAUGGAAGACAGGAAGUACCCAGGAGAGGUCACCACCCCGAGCUUCAAGGUCAAAUUUCAACCCAAGGACGCCAAGAAAGAGCUGCUCUCGUGUCCCACGCCUGGCUGUGACGGCAGCGGUCACAUCACUGGAAACUACGCCUCUCAUCGCAGUCUGUCUGGGUGUCCUCUCGCUGAUAAGAGCCUUCGGUCCCUCAUGGCGGCCCACACGCCUGAACUCAAAUGUCCAACUCCAGGAUGUGACGGCUCGGGACAUAUCACAGGAAACUACACCUCGCACAGAAGUCUCUCUGGGUGCCCGCGUGCCAAGAAAAGUGGAAUUAAAACUCCUACCAAGGACAACCAGGAGGACUCGGAGCUUUUAAAAUGUCCGGUCCCCGGCUGUGACAGUCUGGGUCAUAUCAGUGGGAAGUACGCCACACACCGCAGCGCCUAUGGGUGCCCGCUGGCGGCCCGCAGACAGAAGGAGGGUCUCCUGAACGGGACCCCCUUCAACUGGAAGGCCUUUAAGACAGAGGGACCCACCUGCCCCACCCCCGGCUGUGACGGCUCUGGACACGCUAACGGCAGCUUCCUCACACACCGCAGCCUCUCAGGAUGUCCUCGAGCUUUGUUCGCCAAGAAGAAAGCCAAGUUCCCCUCUGAGGAUUACCUGAGCACCAAGUUCAGAGCCAGUGAUGUCCUGGACAACGACGAGGACAUCAAGCAGCUCAACAGAGAGAUCAACGACCUCAACGAGUCCAACAACGAGAUGGAGGCUGACAUGGUCAACCUGCAGACACAGAUCUCCUCGAUGGAGAAGAACCUGAAGAGCAUCGAGCACGAGAACAAGAUGAUCGAGGAGCAGAACGAGGCUCUGUUCAUGGAGCUGUCGGGUCUGAGCCGCGCCCUGAUCCGCAGCCUGGCCAACAUCCGCCUGCCACACAUGCAGGAGCCAAUCACAGAGCAGAACUUCGACCGCUACGUGAGCACGCUGACCAACAUGUACACCAACAAGGACUGCAUCCAGAGCCCGGAGAACAAGGCUCUGCUGGAGAGCAUCAACAAGGCUGUGAAGGGCAUCAAAGUCUGACGUGCUGCACACACACACAUGCAAACACACACACACACACACACUCACUCACACACACACACACACACACACACACACCACACACACACACAACACACACACACACACACACACACACACACACACACACGGGGGAGAAGGCUCACUGUCCUGAAGCGCCGCAGCGUGAGCGGAGUGGAGGAGAGAUGUUGAAAUACUCGACAAUGUUUUGAAAUAUGAUUCAAAAACAAAAAAGGGAAUUCAGGUUAUUUAAAUAAACGGCAACUUUAAAGAAAUCAUCCCAGGGAGAACGGACCAAAACACUCGCCAUGACGUGGAGGGCGAGGAGGAGGAGGAGGAGGAGGGCGAGGAGGAGACGAGGAGGAGGAGCAGGAGACGAGGAGGAGACGAG